AUGGCUGUGCAUGGAAAACGCUUCGGUUGCAUCGCAACGCCAAUCCUCGUGAUACUGAUAAGCAUUUCGAGAGCUUGGACAAUGGAGCAACAGCACUCGAGUCCUGCCAUCCAACAGCAUCCUGCAGUCAAGUCCUUGUCUCAUAUCGUGGAUGGCAAUAGCAACCUGUUGCCCAUGGUUUCUGCCCCAUCGAGCAUUGAUAACGAUUACGUUUACAUUGCUUCGGUGAAUAGGAAAUUCCCCCAGUUCGGCAACUCCCUGGAUGACGACCAAGAGGCCGAGGAGCAGCAGCCGGAGGAGACCACCUAUCCGCCACCAGUCUUCGACUUCGGAAUGCCCAGGAAUAUUACAACCCGGACGGGUCACACGGCGGCCAUCAAUUGCCGCGUUGACAAUCUGGGUGAUAAAUCGGUAUCCUGGAUACGAAAACGCGAUUUGCACAUUCUGACUGCAGGCAUUUUGACCUACACAUCUGAUGAGCGUUUCAAGGUGGUGCGGACCGCCGACUCCAAGGAUUGGACAUUGCAUGUGAAAUAUGCCCAGCCACGUGACAGCGGCAUCUACGAAUGCCAAGUGAAUACGGAGCCAAAGAUUUCGAUGGCAUUUCGCCUGAAUGUCAUAGUAACGCCGCCAGAUGCGAAGGCGAUUAUUGCCGGACCGACGGACCUCUAUGUCAAAGUGGGCAGCAGCGUAACGCUCACGUGCCACGUGAAGCAGCCGGCGACGUCGGCGCAGGAUAUUGGGCCAAUUUACUGGUACCGCGGCCCCUACAUCCUCACCCCGUUUGUGGCGCAUCCGAAUGACGCGGCCAUCGACUUGCAGCGCAUCUCCAUGGAGUCCACGCUGGCCGAGAAGCUGCAGAGCAGAUUACGCAUCGCCAAUGCUCAGCUGCUGGACACCGGAAACUAUACGUGCAUGCCGACCACAGCGGAAGCGGCCAGCGUGGUGGUCAAUGUCAUCAAUGACGAAAGCCCCGCGGCGAUGCAAAAGAGCAGGGCGAUCCGGACAAGUGGCAGCGUGCGGAGCAGUCGGUGGAUCCUCCUGCUGGCCAUGGUGGCCAGUUCCGUUGUGCGAUGGCUUAUUGGUGGCCGCCCAGAGCUCGGGAGCAGCAGCUGCCGCGAUUCCUGCUCGAAUUUAUCCACUCUGCAUAUCAAUUAUUGCAACCUGCGUGCGAAAAUCACCAGCCACUUGGAGCAGCAUCGAUGUUUGGGCCCUGGAACGCAGGCGGACUCAUGAUAAUUGAAUGGAAAACCAAACAUCUUGUAUAUAGAAAACUGAAUUCAUAGUUAAGCAUAAAUCAUUUGUGUAAAUCUGAAAGAAAAGAUAAGGGAGAUGGGAAAACCGCUGUACGAAAUAAUUAGUUUAUGUUACUGCUUCAACGUCCUAAACUUGAAUUAUUGUUUAUUACAAAAUGAUUGUGAAAC